ACUUGGAACUGAUAUCUACGAUAACGUUUUCAUUAACUAUGAAAUGAUUGUGCCCUUACCUUCAAAACUUGAUUUUGAUAAUUUAUUACAGCAUCAUAUCUUAUAUGGUUUGACAUAUCGUAUUGUUUUUUUAUAAUUAUAGAUAUUACAAAUAUACUUCAGAUUUUACAAAAAAUAUUAAACAGAGUGAAUCCAAGAACUUCCAGAGUCCAGACUCCAGAGUCCAGAGUUAAGACUGCAGACAACACAAUGGCGGCUUUCUUACUUCGUCUUAACUGAAAUCUUGAACAAUGCAGGAAUUGGGAGCCGAUAAACUUGGGAGCACAAACCAGACGACGCCAUCUUUUAAGUGAAUCUUUUAAAACCAUAUCAUCUUCAAGGAACCUUCCGACGUCUCCGCCACCCUACCGGAAGUUGGUACGACUUUCGGUCGAGAAGUGCCCAGGGCACCAGCUUGGUCUGGAACCUCAUACAACUGUUGAGAUUCAUCAUCGACGAAUCCGGAGCCAUCUUCGCUUUGUUCGGACAGUGAAAGGAGUUAUGGAGGCUGGGGCUCAUUCCUGGCCAGUCGUGGAGGUGGUGGUAAGGGCCUCCCAACCUUCUCUACCCACAUGCCUUCUGUGCCUAUCCAGCCUUUGGACCAUCUUGAGGUGGCCAGGUCUAGAACAUCACAAGAAGUUGCUGCGACACCAGAAGUCUUCAAUUACAAUAGAAAAUAAAAACCUGACCCUUACUUUUACAAUAACAAAAGGUUCCAAGAAGUUGCCCGAUAUCCAGAUGUCCCUAAUGUUCGAUGAUGCUGUCGGAACAACCUGCAAGCUUUUCAACUUGAUGCACGAUAUGAAUACAAUCAGAGAACUCACACGCGUGGCCUUUGGGGGCAGCGUGUGCCUGCAUCGGGUUCAGGAGAGAUUUUUUGCUCAAAUCAAAACAAAGAGCAAUGAAGGAGAAUGGGAUGCGAACCCUUUGGAAUCUGAAAUCUCAAAUCAAAACAAAGAGCAACGAAGGGGAAAUGGAGGCGAAGCAAGGUCAUGGGCGAACCCAUUGGGAUCUGAAACCUUUCACAUCUAACUCCUUCGAAAUUACGUGCGGGGCGAGAAUAAUUCCUAUCAUUUACUACUGGCGUGAGGAACCAUGACUGAAGGAGCACAGCAGAAAGAAGACAUUAUGGAGACUUAUCCAAAGUAAAUGUCAAAAUAUGGUCAAAAUUUAGUGCUGCUACAUUGGCCAUUUGAGGUCAUUCAACAGGUAAUUAGAAUAGCAAUUUCUAUUGGUACUUUAAUUACUAUUCCUCGCAAUAUAGACGUUUUACCUAUGAUACCUAACAGGAAGGCCGCGUCAUUUCUAAAAAAAUAAUGAGAUGUAACUUUGUAUAUU